AUGACAUUUACCGACAGCGAACUCCAGGCGCUUGCCAUCACCGAGCGGGUGAGCUCGACGAUAUCUCUCAUCGGCUGUAUCUUCGUCAUCGUUACCUUUCUAUGCAGUGACCGCUUCAGGACGCCUGUCAACCGGUUGAUAUUCUAUGCUACGUUGGGGAAUAUUCUAGGCAUUGCCGCAACGCUGACCUCGCGUUCUGGGAUCCUUGCUGGUACUGAGAGCAGUUUGUGUCAGUGGCAGGCUGUUUUCAUUCAAUGGUUCCACCCCGCGGACGCUCUCUGGGCAUUUUGCAUGGCAUGCAAUGUGUACCUAACGCUCUUCCACCGUUAUAGCACAGCGGAGUUGAGGAAGCUGGAAUGGAAAUACUUUUGUGCUUGUUAUACCCUUACGUUCAUACCGGCGUUUGCUUUUCUUUUUAUUGAGGAUGAAUCUAGGGGCAAGGUGUACGGAGGGGCAGUUCAGGACGUCCAACAAGACACUCAGCAGGUGGGCCCGCAGCCAUACCACUUGGAUAACUUGCCAGAAUACCACCCAGAAAACCAACGACAGCAUCUUGGUGAUGACCUCAGCCCAACCUAUUUCCCACCAUCUACCCCACGAGAUACUACCCACGGUCCUGACUCCACAGGAAUGACCGACGGAAUCGAUAUUGAAGAUGCGCCAGGGUACCCUGGCCUCCAAAUAACGCCUAGCGGAAGACAUACUUCACCUGGGGAUACCUUCCGCAGGCGCAAGGCGUCAUGGGAACGACAGAGCGCAGCAUGGGCGUACUCGAAAUUUGCGAUUCUCUUCUUCAUCUCUUUGCUCAUCACAUGGCUACCAGCAACCAUUAACCGUGUUUACGCAUUCGCCCAUCCGGAAGGUCCGAGCCGUGUCUUAACAUAUAUCGCCGCCCUCGUCCUCCCCCUACAAGGGUUUUGGAACACUUUGGUCUAUACCGCUGUGUCUACCUCAACUCUUGACUCAUUGAUAGCAGCAUUCGAAGAAAACCCACGCCGCUUCUUGCAAUUCCCUGGCUUCCGCCGUAGCCUGGGUCGGUUGUAUAGUUUCAUAUCACGGCCCUUCCGACGUGAGACAUGA